GCGUGCCUUGACGUUGGAGCUCCUGCCCAGCAUGCAGCCAUGAGCUCGGCCCUGUGGAGCCAGGAGAAGCCCAGUGGCGGCUACCGGGAGGACUGGCGCUUCUACAUGGUCGUCAAGGAGUGCGCGGUGGAGAAGCCUCCCCAGAAGACCCUGAGGGUCCCCCGGGGCAGCCUCGGCCAGGCCUGCCAGGAGCGCAACAGCCUGGGGAGAACGCUGCCCCCGUGCAAGGGCAAGAAGAGCCUCCGCAUCCUGGACCAGGCCAACGUGGUGCUGAGCCUGGACGAGCGGGACGUCCUGGAGCUGGACGAGAAGCUGGCCGAGCUGCUGUUCCCCAUCACCAACUGCGAGGAGCGCUACGCCCUCCUGUGCAACAAGGCCCGGCUGGAGCGCGUCCGCGACAUCGACUGCGGCUCCAAGGUGCGCGUCCAGCUGCGCUCGGGGGACGAGCCUCUGCCCGGCGUGGUGCGCUUCAAGGGCUCGCUGCUCCCCGACCGAGCCCUCUCCGGGAUCUGGUUUGGGGUGGAGCUGCUGGAGGAGGGCCGGGGCCAGGGCUUCACGGAGGGCUCCUACCAGGGCCGCCAGCUCUUCCGCUGCGAGGACGAGUGCGGCGUGUUCGUGGCCCUGGACAAGCUGGAGCUCUGGGAGGACGAGGAGGACGACGAGGCCCUGGGCGAGCUGGAGGUGGACCACGGCAACCCGGUGGAGGAGGACCAGGACUUCCCCCCGCUGGAGAUCAACUCCAGGGUCCUGGUGCAGACCAGGGACGGGCCGGAGAGAGGCACCAUCAUCUUCUGCGACCUGCUGCCGGGCAACGAGAGCCUGGGCUACUACGUGGGCGUCGACAUGGACAACCCUAUCGGGGACUGGGAUGGCGUGUUUGACGGGAAGUUGCUGUGUAAUUUUGCCAGUCUGGAGCACACCCGCCUCGUCCCCAUCUGUGACGUGAUGCCAGAAUAUUCCAUGCAGGACCAGCGGCUGCAGAAACACAGUUUUGCCCCCAGAGGCAGCGACAAGACGUCGUCCGGCCAGAGCAAGCCCAAGAGCAAAGGAUUAGGUCAUCAGUGUGGCAGUAGAAGCAAGUCUGAGUUUUACUAUACUUUAAAUGGCAGCUCUGUUGACCCCCCCGCCCCGCCCAAAUCCAAAAGCACAUGGUACAUUGAUGAAGUUGGAGAGGACCCCGCCAAGUCGCUCACCGACACGCCCCCCGACUCCAACCAGGCCUCGCCGCCCUCCAGAGCCCCGCCCCCCGCCUCGCUGUCCAGCGACAACAAGUUCCACUCGCUGCCCUUCAGCCUGAACAGGAAGGCGGGGCCCAUCGACAGCAUGAGCCACGGGCCCCUCUCGCUCUCCGUGCAGUCGGUGAUGGGCGAGCAGCCCGAGCCCCCGUCGCCCGUCGCCCCCCCAUCGCCGCAUCCGGCGACGCCCCUUUCCCGAGGCCAGCCGGGCCUGGAGGUGGGCUCUCUGGUGGAGGUGAAGGAGAACCCCCCUCUGUGCGGCGUCAUCCGCUGGGUGGGCCUUCCUCCCGGCCUGCUGGAGCCUCUGGCGGGGCUGGAGCUGGAGGAAGAGUGCCCCGGCUGCACCGACGGGACCUUUAAAGGGACGCGGUACUUCACCUGCCCCCCCAAGAAGGCGCUGUUCGUGAAGCUCAAGUGCUGCCGGCCCGACUCCCGCUUCCCCUCGCUGCACCACUCCUCCAACCCCAUCGAGCGCUGCAACUCCAUCGCUUUCGGAGGGUACCUGAGCGAGGUGGUGCACGAGAACACGCCCCCCCGCACGGAGAACGACGGCCUGGACGUCAUGGUGGGAAAGAAGAAAGGCAUCCAGGGCCACUACAACUCCUGCUACCUGGAUUCAACCCUCUUCUGCCUGUUCUCCUUCAGCUCGGUUCUGGACACGGUUCUGCUGAGGCCGCGCUCGAAGAGCGACGUGGAGUUCUACCGAGAGACUCAGGAGCUGCUCCGCACCGAGAUCGUCAACCCGCUGCGCAUACACGGCUACGUCUGUGCUACCAAGGUGAUGAAGCUGAGGAGGAUCCUGGAGAACGUAGAAGCUGCUUCUGGGUUCACAUCCGAAGAAAAAGAUCCUGAGGAGUUCCUGAACAUCCUCUUCCAUCACAUCCUGAGGGUGGACCCGCUGCUGAAGCUCAGGUCGGCGGGCCAGAAGGUCCAGGACUGCUACUUCUACCAGAUCUUCAUGGACAAGAAGGACAAGGUGGGCGUCCCCACCAUCCAGCAGCUGCUGGAGUGGUCCUUCAUCAACAGCGACCUCAAGUUUGCAGAGGCUCCCUCCUGCCUUAUCAUCCAGAUGCCGCGCUUUGGAAAAGACUUCAAGAUGUUCAACAAGAUUUUCCCCUCGUUGGAGUUGGACAUCACCGACCUGCUCGAAGACACUCCGAGGGAAUGUCGUAUCUGCGGCGGCUUGGCGAUCUUCGAGUGUCGCGACUGUUACGAAGACGGCGACAUCACGGCGGGCAAGAUCAAACAGUUCUGUGAGAAGUGCAAUACGCAGGUUCACCUCCACCCGAGGAGGAAAGCCCACCGGCACGGCAAGCUGUCCGUCCCCAAGGAGCUGCAAGACGGCGCCGGGCGCCAGGGCGGCUUCCCCCGCCAGAGGAUGGAGCUGUUCGCCGUGCUGUGCAUCGAGACCAGCCACUACGUCGCCUUCGUCAAGUACGGCAGCGCCGACUCCUCCUGGCUCUUCUUCGACAGCAUGGCCGACCGCGACGGGGGUCAGAACGGCUUCAACAUCCCGCAGGUGUCCCCGUGUCCCGAGGUGGAGGCGUACCUGAAGAUGAGCCCCGAGGAGCUGCACACCCUGGACCCCAAGAGCAUCCAGGGCCAGGCCCGCCGGCUGCUGUGUGACGCCUACAUGUGCAUGUACCAGAGCUCCACCAUGAGCCUGUACAAGUAGAACCCCCCCCCCAAGGCAGGAGAGUCCCAGAAAGGAGGAACAUGGAGGGGGAAAACACCUCAAAAAGAAAGACUUCCUGCCAGCAGGGGAGCUGUCCAGAGUUAACCCUCUGGGAAGGGGGAGGAGCCAGG